AUGGCGGCGGUGCAGGUGGCCGGCGCGCCGGUGUGUGGGGCCCGGGAACCUCCGCCGGGUCCCGGGAGCGGGUUCCGGCGCCUGUCGGCCCGCCUGGGCUCGCUGCGGCCCGCGGACAGCAACUCCGCCCGCACCGAGAUCCACCUGCUGUUCGACCAGCUCAUUUCGGAGAACUACAGCGAGGGCGGCGGGGGCGUCACGGCCGAGGAUGUCAGUGCCUUACUGGUCCAGGCUUGUCGAUUAGUCCAUCUUCAUCAGGAACAUCUAGUCAGCAAAGUUUCUCAGCUUAUUCACCAUCUACUUAACCGAUUGCAGGUGAUUGUUGAUGAACAGAAUCUGGAUUUCCUUUUGGCGUACACAAUCUCUGCUUUUCGGCAGUGUAGCUCCUGGACGCACAUGGAAAUUCUUCAGGCCUUGUCUGCUCUGGUUUACUAUAAUGGCCCCAAAUGUCACAAGUACCUUCCAGACUUGCUUGGGGAGACUGGAAUCCUGAUGAAGUUGAGCGAUCCCAACCAGUCGGACCCUGACCUUCGAAGAGCCGCAGUACAUUGUAUGGCAAACAUAUGUCUCAGUGUCCCAGGACAGCCAUACUUGGAUGAGCCUUACCGAAAUGUCUGCUUUCAAACUUUCUUAACUAUUUUACAGUCUUCCAAAGUUUCUGGUAUGGACGAUAUCACAUUUUGCAUGUUGUUACAAAAUGCACUAAAAGGUCUCCAGUCCCUUCUGAAUGGGGGUAAGAUGAAACUUACACAGACGGAGCAGCUCGGGUCUCUUCUGGCUGUGUUAAAGAAAUAUAUGUUUCAUGGACUUCCUGGAUUGAACAUAGAGAUGCCCGCAGUUUUAUACCCGGCUCCUCUUCCUCAAUAUGAUGGGCGAUCACCUGUCAGACCCGAGCAAAUGGAAAUAAGCCCCUCGAAACCAAUAGUGAGUAAAAGGAAGAAGGCAAAAGGCAAACAGAAGAAAGGCCAUCAAGCAGAGGAGCUAAAAGAGCCAAAUGGGGAGAUCGGCGCCGGUGCUGCCAGUGUCCUGGGCAAGCUGACCCUGCAUGAGGGCAGCACCAUGGGCACCACCUACCUGAGCGCCCCAGCCGGGGGCUCCGAAGGGAGCGGCCCCACGGCCCGAGACCGGGCCUCUUCCUAUCUCAGCUCUUCCCCAUGGAAGAGGAUCAGCAGCAGCGAAUCGGACUAUUCAGAUGCCGAAGGCGGCCUGCAGAGCAAGAUGAGGUCUUACCAAGCCAAAGUUCGCCAGGGAGCUUUAGCUUGCUUCCUCUCCACCAUAAAAUCAAUCGAGAAGAAAGUUCUCUACGGCUACUGGUCUGCUUUUGUUCCGGAUACACCCGGCAUAGGAAGCCCACAGUCUGUGUCCUUGAUGACGAUUUCCUUAAAAGAUCCCUCUCCAAAGACUCGUGCCUGUGCUCUACAAGUGCUAUCCGCGAUCCUGGACGGCUCCAAGCAGUUUCUUUCUGUUGCUGAAGACACAAGUGACCACAAAAGGGCUUUCACUCCCUUCUCAGUGACCAUUGCUUCCAGCAUCCGCGAGUUACACCGAUGUCUUUUGUUAGCUUUGGUGGCUGAGUCAUCCUCUCAAACCCUUACUCAAAUAAUUAAGUGCCUUGCAAACUUAGUAUCAAAUGCACCUUACAACCGUCUGAAACCCAACCUGCUGACCAAGGUCUGGAACCAGAUAAAGCCUUACAUCCGCCAUAAAGAUGUCAACGUCCGGGUCUCAAGUCUGACCCUCUUAGGGGCCAUAGUGUCGGCUCAGGCUCCCUUGCCUGAGGUGCAGCUGCUUUUACAGCAACCUUGUUCUUCUGGGCUAAGUAGCAGUAGCUCCGCCACGUCGUGGUUCGGUUCUUCUGACUGGCGCAGAGAGGCUCCCUAUGCAGAAACCCUAGAGGAAUCCGCAGAUAAUUCAGUCGGGUCCAGCAGCGAGCCCUGCUGGCUCCUCCGUCUUUGCAUCUCCAUUGUCGUACUGCCCAGAGAAGAUCCCUGUUCGGACAGCGAUAGUAGCUGUACCGUUGGGAACAUCUAUGAGCCAUCUCCUGUUCGACUGGAAUCCUUACAGGUGCUGGCCCUUCUGGUGAAAGGCUAUUUUGUCAUGGCCCAGGGCUAUUUGAUGGAACUUGGUGAGGUGGCCUGCAGGUGCAUGGAGGAGACGGACCCAUCUAUUCAGCUUCAUGGUGCAAAACUUCUCGAAGAGCUAGGGACGGGUUUAAUCCAGCAAUACAAAGCCGACUCGACCGUCCCCCUCAGUCAGAGAGUGCCAGUCAGUUUGGUGGUGAUGUUUUGGGCUAUGAUGCUGAAUGGCCCCUUGCCCAGGGCACUUCAAAGCUCACAGCAUCCCACCCUCCAGGCCAGCUCCUGCGACGCCCUCUCUUCCAUCUUACCAGAGGCCUUCAGCAGCCUGCCGAACGACAGGCAGAUCUUGUGCAUCACUCUGCUGCUGGGACUGAAUCACAGCAAGAAUCCCCUGGUGAAAGCAGCCGCUGCCCGCGCCCUGGGAGUCUAUGUGCUCUUCUCCUGUCUCAGGCAGGAUGUCAUGUUUGUUGCAGACACCGCGAAUGCGAUCUUGAUGUCUCUGCAUGACAAGUCUCCAAAUGUCCGUGCCAAAGCAGCCUGGUCUUUGGGCAACCUGACAGACACUUUGAUUGUCAACAUGGAAAUGUUGGGCCAGAGUUUCCAGGAAGAAUUUUCUGGUCUCUUGCUAUUAAAAAUGUUGAGAUCAGCAACGGAAGCUUCCAAGGAUAAAGACAAGGUGAAAAGUAAUGCUGUUCGGGCACUUGGAAAUUUACUCCACUUCCUGCAACCGUAUCAUAUAGUAAAACCCAGAUUUACAGAAACCAUCGAGGAAUCCAUUCAGGCCCUUAUCUCUACCGUUCUGAGCGAGGCCACCAUGAAAGUGCGGUGGAAUGCGUGUUAUGCUCUAGGAAACGUAUUUAAGAAUUCUGCUUUGCCCCUGGGAACAGCCCCUUGGACGGCACAAGCCUACAGUGCUCUCACAUCAGUUGUGAAAUCCUGCAAGAAUUUCAAAGUGCGAAUCAAAUCUGCGACUGCUCUUUCCAUUCCGGACAAGAGGGAGCAGUAUGGGUCUGUGGAGCAGUACGCCCAGAUCUGGAGCGCGCUUGUCACCGCCUUGCAGAAGAGCGAGGACACCACGGACUUUCUGGAAUUCAAAUACUGUGCCAGCCUGAGAACCCAAAUCUGCCAGGCACUGAUCCACUUGUUAAAGCUGGCCAGCAGUUCAGAUCUGCUGUGCAUUCGAGACACCGUGGAGCAGAGCGGUGACAUGGUCAGGCUCUACAUCUUGCAGUAUCUGAAGUCGGGAGUGGAGGGAGAUGACGGCGGCUCAGCCCCCAGCCCCCAGGAACGAGGCAGGAUGCUCUCAGAGGCCCUGGAGCACGUAAAGGGGAUUCAGGAGCCCUCGGGUGGCACGGCCAAGAAGGUCAUCGAGGCUUACGUGGAAGGCAUCCUGACCACAUACGCCAGUGCAGCGGAGCCUUGUGUCUCUCUGCUGUGAGGCAGAGCAAAUACUGAUCGACCAAGGGAGAGGCGGGACGCGUGCCCAGAGGGAGUGGGGAGCAAAGAGAGGGGCCUUCUCUGGCAGUGUGCCCAAUGGGAUCUGGGGAGCAGAAGCAAAAAGAACUUAGAACUCGUGUCUCCUGGGAGAAUUUGGUCGUAACUUUUCAGUCGUCUCUGGCUGCGCACACAGAGCAGCCAUCAUUUGAUAGGUGUGUCUGCUGGCCAGGCCAGCCCCCUAGAGGAGCCAGCUGGAGGGACAGGUACAAAAGGUAGACAGUGUGUCCAAAGCAGGGCCGGCUGGGGGCCGCUUCUGGAAGAGCCACCCAGGGGGCCGUUGGGCGGUGCCCUGCCCCUCCCUGGGAACUGUCCUUGGGCCCAGUGGGGUUUUGGUCUUGCCAGGAUCUUUUAAGUCUGUUGCUAUGACUCCUGGCUGAGCUGAUCGGUUACUUUAUGACCGUUUUUAAGGGAGGCUCCUUUUACAAACAGUCCGCCGCUCCCUCCACCCCCUUUUUAAUUAGCUCCCAUUCAAACCAAAAAUUUCACAAGCUAGAAAUAGUUUCUUCUUUCUAGUCAUUAUACAUGUCAGAUCUUUCCUCUGCCAGCAGCACUGUGCCCACGAAUGUUUUUCCUAGAUUUUGGUUCUAUCUUUGCUUUGGUGACACGUAUACUAGUACUUUGCACUUUUGAAAGAAACCCAAAUAGAAAGCGAAAUAAACAUAUUCUUUUAAAUUACGUUCCAGACAGUUUAUCCUCUGUCAGACAGAGUUAGGACCUCAUACUAACACAGCACUAGACAGUUUACGUUUGGUGACUCAGUUGUCCCCAUCACAGCUUCAUUCAUGUGCCUUCUAUGCAUAGAUUGGGGGCUUGCAAGUGAGGUUUCUCACUGAACCUCUGAGCUCUGAAAAGAGCAGGGCUAGUUAGGGGCUUCCCCAGUGAAUUACAGAGGAGAGGACUGGCUUACACACCUGGCUCCCUGGCUUUUUGUUUGUUUAGGAUAAUUGUGUGGUCACAGCUUCCUCCCAUUGUCCAGGCUCAGACUCCUAGAGGCCUCUGACUGGUGGUACCAGUGAACCUCUUAACCCUACAGAAGAUAAACUGGCCAGUCCUGCGGCCUUCAGAUGUUGGCUUCACAGGCGAUUGACCGCCUCAUUUGGUACAAACAUGUUAGGCAUUACAUAUGUUGGGUUGGCAUUUCUUAGAGGCUUUAUCCAAUUUCACUGCACACACAGAUUCAGAAUUGGGGGCUGGCAUUUGUCGACCUCUUGAGUUUGUCCUCACUUGUCUGACAGCAGUGAUUUAAGCAUCGACAGGGGCAUAGAGAUUUUGUGCAGCAAAUGACAAUCUGCUUUUCAUCUGGUGCGUAAUAUAUAAGGAACAAGGUUUUACAGUAACAAAAAUAACGCCAUCUGGUUGGAAGCUAAAACACUGUACCUGAAAUGGUCCUUGCACCUUCCUUCAUUCUCUUGUUAAUCCUCUGUCCAUUUGAGUGACAUUCAGUGGGGGUUUUAGUAAGAAAUGUGUGGCUAUAUUUGUUUUAACUGUUUUUUACAUCAUUAUUAAAACACUUUUCUAAGGG